AUGUUAUCAAAUAAAACAUCUUCAGCCGUUCGUUCGGCUAUUAAUGCUCUUCAACACUAUAAAGUUCUCAACACUUUGACAAAUGAUUGUUUCGAAAAAGCUCUUGAAACUGAACAACAACUUUCAAUUGAAAAAAAAAACAAUUCGGCAUUAUACGGUCGUCCAAUUUUAAUAAAAGAUAAUUAUUGUUUACGUGAUACAUUAACAACAUGUGCUUCGAAAAUGCUUGCUAAUUUUCGUGCACCUUAUACAAGUACUAUAGUACAACGAUUAAUUGAUCAUGGUUGUAUUAUUCUAGGAAAAACAAAUAUGGAUGAAUUUUCUAUGGGUGUAGCAAGCUGGGGUGCAUUUGGACCUGUAGCAAAUCCUUGGAGUUUAACAAAGACAACGACAACAAAUGCAGAAAAUAAUAAAACAACAUUGCAUAUAGCUGGUGGAAGUUCAGGUGGAAGUGCUGCUGCUGUAGCAGCAAAUUUUGUAUCAAUAGCUCUUGGUUCAGAUACAGGUGGAUCAAUAAGAAAUCCAGCUGCACGAUGUGGUUGUUAUGGAUUUAAACCUUCAUAUGGUUUACUUUCGCGAUUUGGUAUGGUUGCAUUAGUUAAUUCUUUUGAUUCACCAGAUGCUGUUGCUGGUCCUGAUGAUGAAGAUGCAACUCUAUUAUCAAAACCAUUUGAAUAUUUUCCAACAUCCAAAGAACUGUCAAAAGACAAAAAAAAGAUUAUUAUUGGAUUACCUGAUGACUAUGAUAUCAGGAGUUUAUCAAGUGAAUAUCGUUCGUGUUGGGAGGAUUUAGUUCAUCAAUUGACUGGAACCGGUGAAUUUGCAUUCAAACGAGUACAAUUACCAUACACACCUUAUUCAAAUGCAGCUUAUACAAUUUUAAGUUCUUGUGAAAUUGCUUCAAAUAUGGCUCGAUAUGAUGGUAUUAAAUAUGGUCAUCAUACAAAGAAUAUUGAUGAAAAUAAAGAUACAUAUGAUGAUAUCUUAAAAAAAACACGUGAUGAAAGUUUAGGUGAAAGAGUUCGUGGUCGUAUUCUAGCUGGAAAUUAUUAUUUACUUGAAGAGAAUUAUGAUAAAUAUUUUGUUCAAAGUCAACGAGUAAGACGUGGUGUCAUGAAUGAUUAUAAGAAAGUGUUUGAAGAAGAUAAAGUUGAUUGUUUAUUAGCACCAGUCGUUUCAAAUGAUCCAAUAACACUUGCUGAAUAUGAACAAGCAGAGGAUAUAUUUAGUGAAGAUGAUAUAUUUACUGUUGGUGCUAAUCUAGCCGGUAUAUAA